ACUGUGAAAUUAAAGACAGAUUUGGCUCCCAAUUCCAAUUUUGUUUUUUCGUUUUCCUUGAUACAUUCGAAACACUAAUUAAAAGAAAAUGGCACCAAGCACACUCUUCCGUUCGGAAGAGAUGUCACUUAUUCAGUUGUACAUUCCUGCUGAAGUUGCCCAGCCUUGUGUAGCCGAGUUAGGAGAGCUAGGCAAAGUACAAUUCAGAGAUCUCAACCCUGAAGUGAAUGCUUUUCAACGUUCUUUCGUCUCUGAAAUCAGACGCUUGGACGAGAUGGAGCGUCAAUGUCGUUUCUUCCACUCACAACUGCAAAAAAAUGAAAUUCAACUUCGUCCUAUGACUUCCGCUGCUAUUCGUUCGCGCGCACGUUCUGCUCAAGAAAUCGAUGACCUUGAAGAAAAUUUGAAGGAAUACGAGGGGCGUAUCACUCAAAUGAACUCGUCUUACGAAUCACUUCAACGUCGUUAUCUACAAUUGACUGAGUUGCGCCAUGUUUUAAGAGAAUCAGGCGGAUUUUUCGAACAAGCCGAAUCUAGACACGAAACAAUUCGCACUUCAUUUGAUGAACAAGAUGAUUCUGCACCAUUAUUAGAAAAUGACGUUGAACAACAAGCCCACUAUGAGUCCGAAAACCUACAUUUAGGUUAUGUGACAGGUGUGAUUGCUCGAUCACGUAUUCAAAUAUUUGAGCGUGUUCUUUGGCGCUCACUUCGUGGUAACUUAUACAUGAAGUCUGCUGAAAUUGACGAGCCUAUUGUUGAUCCCGACACUGACAGCGUAGUGGAUAAGAAUGUCUUCUGUAUUUUUGCUCAUGGUCAUGAAAUCAUCGCCAAGAUUAAAAAGAUUUCGGAAAGCUUGGGUGGUACUCUGUAUACAAUUGACGAUUCAGCUGACAAACGCCGUGAUGCUCUUCUGGAAGUUACCUCUCGUAUCGAAGAUUUGAACAAUGUUUUAUCGACCACUAACCAAACACGUCGCUCAGAAUUGCUUAAAAUCUCUGAAAAUUUGACAGCUUGGACAACUAUUGUCCGUAAAGAAAAAGCCAUAUACCACACCAUGAAUUUGUUCAAUUAUGAUUCCAAUCGCAAAUGCCUUAUCGCUGAAGGCUGGUGUCCUACUAAUGAUAUCCCUCUGGUUCAACAAUCAUUAAAAGAUGCUACUGACGCUUCAGGAACCAGUCUUCCUUCCAUUUUGACUGAGUUACAUACAAAGAAAACACGCCCAACAUACCAUCGAACAAACAAAUUUACAGAAGGAUUCCAGGGCAUUAUUGAUGCUUAUGGUAUUGCUCGUUAUCGUGAAGUCAAUCCUGGUCUCUUCACCAUCGUUUCUUUCCCAUUCCUUUUCGCUAUGAUGUUUGGUGAUAUUGGUCACGGUGUCCUUCUGUUUCUGAUUGCCCUCUACCUUUGCGUCAAUGAAAAGAAAUUGGCGUCUAACAACGGCGAAAUCUUUAAAAUGUUUUUUGGCGGUCGUUACAUGAUGUUAUUAAUGGGCAUUUUCUCCAUUUUUACCGGUGCAAUUUAUAACGAUAUGUUCUCUUUAUCCCUCAACGUCUUUAAGUCAGGCUUUAGUUUACCCUCCAACUAUACUUCCAACGAAACUGUAGAAAUGAUUCCCAAUGGCCGUGUGUACGCUUUCGGUCUCGAUCCUGCAUGGCACGGCUCCGAAAAUUACUUACUCUUCACAAACUCCUACAAAAUGAAGCAGGCUAUCAUCAUGGGUGUAAUCCAUAUGUCUUUUGCUGUCUGUUUAAAUGUUUUUAACCACAUCUAUUAUAAGCGCAAGGCUUUUGUCUGGCUUGAAUUCAUUCCUCAAAUCUUAUUUAUGGAAUCUGUUUUUGGCUACUUGAUCCUUUGCAUCAUGUACAAGUGGAGUGUAAACUGGUGGGAGUUGGAUUCAAAUGGCCAACAUAUUCACAACGCUCCUCCAAAUUUAUUGAACAUGCUGAUUUAUAUGUUCUUGACGCCUGGUAAAGUGAAUCCUGAAGAUCAAUUGUAUCCUGGUCAGGGCCCUGUUCAAGCCAUCUUACUGUUAUUGGCUGUGGUGUGUGUUCCCUGGAUGUGGUUCGGUAAGCCCUUGUAUUUGAAAAGAGAAGCGAAUCAACAUCGUUAUGAGUCGCUUGCUGGUGAUGAUCCCAAUGAAGACGAAGAACAACCUCUUGUACAGGGUAGCUCAGCUGCUGAUGAGGAUGAAGAAGCAGAAGAAUUUGAUUUUAGCGAAGAAAUGAUUCAUCAGACCAUUCAUACGAUUGAAUUCUGUCUUAACUGUAUCUCUAACACUGCUUCGUAUUUGCGUCUUUGGGCCUUAUCCCUUGCUCACGCCCAGUUAUCAAGUGUACUCUGGGAUAUGACGCUUAAGAUUUGGUUCAACAUGUCCGGCGCCAUUGCUGUCAUUGGUCUUGUUGUUGGCUUCGCUUUGUGGUUUAUUUUAACUCUAGCUAUUCUAUUAUGUAUGGAAGGUUUAUCUGCUUUCCUUCACGCUCUUCGUUUGAUGUGGGUUGAAUUUGACGGUAAAUUCUAUAAUGGUGACGGUAUUCAGUUCGAACCUUUUACUUUUGCUACCGUCCUGGAUAUUAAUACAGAAUAAUAUCAAAGCUAAAUUAUAUACUUCCAUUUGACUGAAAAAAGAGGAGUGCCGUUUCUCUUUUCCAGUUACAUGUUUACAAGUUUUUAAAUCAAGAAGAUUAGUAAAUUAGUUUUAUAUCUAGUAAACUGGGCUUAGAUGUUCAUUUAUCCGUUGUUUAUACUUUUGAAUUACACAAAAGGGGUGAGUCAGUGCUAAAGGAUUAUUAUUGUUUUUUUAAAAGAGCAUCAUUUGAUUCGUGUGCAGAAUGUACCGUAGUGAGUAGUGUUCGGUCGGUCAAGGUAGUUUUGCAAAGUUUAAAUGUUACUCAGUCAAGGCAAUGCAACAUCGGAAAAAGAGCCGAUACCGCAUGAAUCAAGCCGAUCAAAUACUGAAACAACAACGAUUAAGCUCCCC